AUGAAAGGGCUGAUAUGGCAAGAGAAUAACCUUUCAGUCUCUAGAAGAAUGUUCCAGAGAGCUUUCGCGACUUUCCAGGUCAAAUUAGCUGCGAAUGGCGAUAGGAACAGUCGAUUAUCAAGGCGUAAAAUGUUGGGUAAUGCAUCUAAGGCUGGGCCAAAGUCAGCCAAGGCUCCUCAUAAGAAUUCUGAGAGGAAGAAUCAAGUGUUUAGAUAUGGAAGUUUUAGCAGUCUCAAAGAAAUAGAAGAGUCGCAACAGCAGAAAACUUUGGGUGUGUUGAAGAAGAUUACUGAUUUCGAACAGUUGAAGAUAUUGCCUACAGUGAGAACGGCGCUGCAACAAGUGAUCUCGGAAGAGUCUAUCGCAAUUAAAUCUGGGACGUCCACCGAUCUGAGUAGCGUCAAACCGUCUCCCAUACAAAUUGCCGUGACGCAGAAGUUUUCCAAAACACUAAUGGACAAAAAACUACAGGUACACACCAUUGCCGCAGAGACCGGCUCGGGCAAAACCAUUGCAUACUUGACUCCUCUUUUCGAUUACCUGAAGCGAGCAGAAGUGGAAGCACCUGAAAGCUGGGAUGUGAUAAAAGACAAGGCGAUCGUUAGGUCUGUAGUGUUUGUUCCGACUCAUGAAUUGGUGGAGCAGGUAUACAGGACCGUUGAGCGAAGCGCAAAAAAGCUAGGCUUGCAUGCAUUUCGCUGGAAUUCCGAGACCUCAUAUGGCGACUUCAUUGAAGCUGUCAAGAACAGAAUCGACGUUUUAGUGACUACUCCGGGCAAAGUACUGAACAUGUUCAAUGUCCGUAUUAUCAACAGACCGGAGCGUCUACUGUCAGGUGUACGCUUUGCGGUCCUAGACGAGGCUGACACGUUGAUGGAUAGGUCAUGGCUCGAGGAAACCCACACAGCUAUACAGGCUUUUCCAAAUGUCAAUCAUCUCGUAUUUUGCUCGGCAACAAUCCCUAAUGAGUUCAGUAAGACCGUCGAUCGCUUAUUCCCUACUUUCCAAUCAAUUACAACUCCUAAGCUACACAAAAUCUCUCAAAAAAUUGAUUUCAAGGUUAUUGACGCGAGUCUAAAUCCUUACAAGGGUUCUAGAUCCAAGGUGUUGGCACAGAUUCUUUAUGCAAUUAUGAAAGACGGAACGGAAGAAGGGUAUGAAAAGAGGUGUAUUGUUUUCGUUAAUGAGAAAAGAGACGUUAAAUCCGUGGCCGAAAAACUAAGUGCAACUUAUGGGCAUGAUUGUGUCAGCCUGACAGGGGAAGAUACAGUUGAGGAAAGAUUAAAUAAAAUCGAUGUUUUCGUCAAGCCACCCAGACGUUUGGAGGACCUGGAUGCUCAGAAUACUAGUGCGCACUCGGAUCAGGACAUCACUCAAACCCUCCCAAAUUCUAACAUUACAAUCACGAAGCCGUCUUCUAGCGCUGGCCCUAGGCGAGUGGCUUUGAAAGUCUUGGUGACCACAGAUCUCAUGGCCCGAGGUCUCAAUUUUCAAGGCGUUCGAAACGUCAUUCUUUAUGACGUACCUAAGACCUCGGUUGAUUUAGUGCAUCGAGCUGGAAGAACUGGUAGAAUGAUGGGAGGUGGAAGGGUCUUUAUGAUCAUAGAUAAAAAGACGAAAUCCUGGGCUAGGGCAGUACCCAAAAUUGUUAGGAAUAACAAAGCAUUAUCUUGA